GGAACUUCAUACAGAAGAGAAAACCAAACUGAUCACUCAGCUCCGUGAUGCAAAGAAUUUGAUUGAGCAGCUGGAACAGGAUAAGGGAAUGGUAAUAGCAGAAACAAAGCGUCAGAUGCAUGAGACGCUAGAGAUGAAAGAGGAAGAAAUUAGUCAACUUCGAGCUCAAAUACUGCAGGUGACUCUCCAACGUGAUGAGCUCCAGGAACAGAAAGAAAAAGCAGAAAAAUCUGCCUUUGAAGAACUGGAGAAAGCUCUUAGUGCUGCCCAGAAGUCUGAAGAACAGCGAAAGAAAAUAGAGAAACAUAUGAGAGAUCAGAUUAUUGCAAUUGAGAAAGUGAGCGAAGAAGACCGUAAAAAUCUUCAGCAGGAAUUAUCAAGAGUGAAGCAGGAAGCUGUGAACAUUGUGAAGAAAUCAUCUGAUGAACAUGUAGCUGAACUGGAGAAGCUUCAUGCUGAUGCACUGGCAUGUAAGGGCAGAGAACUAGAACAAAGGUUACAGACUCAGGAGCAGGAAUUUAAAGAACAGCUCAAAACUGCACUGGAAAAAUGUCACUCAGAAUACCUGGGGAUAAUCCAGGAGAAAGAGCAACAAGGACUGUUGGCCUUGGAAGAACUUGAGCUGCAGAAAAAUGCCGUACAGUUACAGAAUGACGAGAAAAUUCAGGAACUGCAUCAAGAAGUGGAAUCACAAAGAACUAAAAUUCUUGAUUAUUUCAGUGUGUUUUAUUAA